AUGACUACCUACUUGAACAACUACAAGCCCCAGAAAGCGGUUCUGCCAAAGGAUGUACAUUUGCAUACAGCACCUGAAGACUAUGAUCUCAACUUCUGUUUCGAGGUGAAAGAAUUGCGCUCAAAUCGAGUGGAGUUAAGACCAUUCAUUCCUUCGUUACAUGCUCAGCUGCUGACUGACGGCGUUUCUCGGUGCGGAUCUGAUCUUCUCAAAUGGCUUCACGCGGAUUGGUAUAGCUUAGAGGGAACUUUGGCGUGGGCAGAGACCGUCAUUCGAUCGCAGCCUAGUGCAAUGGCAUUUGCGAUCUAUACUGCACCCACCGGUAGUGAUACUCCCGUUGAUCCCAAGGAUUACGAAUUCGCCGGAACAAUAUCAAUGAUCAAUUCAGAUGUGGCCAACAUGACCUCUGAGCCAGGAUGGAUAUGUAUCUUAGAUAAGUUUCAACGAACGCAUGUCCUGACUCAUGCUGCUGGACUGGUCAUCCAUCGAAUUCUUGAUAUGCCUUCUGAAGGAGGUCUGGGUUUGAGAAGAUGUCAAUGGUACACAACUACAUUGAACGAUAAAAGUCAAGCGGCAGCUCAGAGGUUGGGAUUCAAGCUGGAUGGUAUCUUGAAUACACACAGGGUUUUGCCCAAAGGAAAAGUAGGAGUAAGGCCGGGAAGAAAGGGAGACUACCAGGAAGAUCAGAUGACCAGGGACUCCUGGCUUGCCUGUAUUAGCUGGGACCAAUGGGAAGAUGGUGUCAGGGACCAUCUUGACCAAUUGAUGGCUAGAAGGAAGUAG